CGUGGCCAACUAUUUGCCAUUGCUUUAUACGGCGUGGUCGGUUCCAUUUCUGCAUCUUCUUUUUUCCUACAUAGCUGCAGACUCAACCUUAUAACUUGUUCACCAAAAUUAUUCUAUAAAAUCAAGCCAAACCAAAGUUUCAAUUUAUAUCAUAUAUAGUACUUCUAGUUCUACUACUAGCUUGCCAUCAAAAGCAAGAUACUAGGAGUGACAACAAGCAAAAUUCAAAAUUAGAGAGAAUUUCAACCAAAACAACAACAUUUUACCAUGGAAGGAGACCAACAACAACAAUGAGAGAAAUAAGAUGAUUAACAUUCCAAAAGAAGCCGAAUUUCCAUUAAAACAAGAAGUUCUUCCAUCGAAUGAUUCAACUACAUCAUCGUCAACAACAUCGCAAUGGUUAAAACUAAAGGAUCCGAGAAUUGUGAGGGUGUCUAGAGCCUUCGGAACAAAAGAUAGACAUAGCAAAGUAUACACAAUAAAAGGACUAAGAGAUAGAAGGGUAAGGCUUUCAAUCCAAACAGCAAUUCACCUCUAUGAUCUUCAAGAUAGGUUAGGGCUAAACCAACCUAGCAAGGUUGUUGAUUGGUUGCUAAAUAUAGCUAAGGAUGAAAUUGAUGAGCUUCCACCACUUCAAAUACCUCAAGGAAACUUCACCUUAGGUUAUCCAUCUUUUGCUAGUACUAUUUUUAAUGAUGAUGUUAGGCAAAACAACACUUCAAUUUGGAAAUCAAAUUCUAAACAAGGUUUGGGAGAUAUUGUUACUAACAAAGAAAAUUGGAUGAAUAGAAGUGAAGAGGAUAAAGAAAAGAAAAAGGAGAAUGAUAAUCGUGAUUGUGCACAACAUGUUUCGCCAGAUAGUCUACUACCACAUUUAGUACCUGACAAUGUCUCAAAUAUAAUUAUCUCCCGUGGAGCAAAUCAACCUUCUUUUUUGGGAUCGUUGAACACUAUGCCACUUGGUUAUCAAUUGGAGCCGUCGUCUAGUCAUGUUCCUCAAUUAUCAAAUUUUGGAUUUGUUAACCAAAUUAAAGAUAUAGAUGGAAAUAAUGGAAUGCAUGUUGUACCCUUUCCAUCAUCAUUGUGUUUGUCAACACAACAAUAUUUUCCUUCACAUGUUGGAGCAGUGGAGAUGGAUCCAACACAAAUCAAUUACCACUAUGAUCAAAUGUUGAGUUCAAGUUCUCAAAACGAUUCUUUCAAUCCAACUCAACAACUCAUGAGGGUGACUCCUAAAUUUUUUCAUUCUCUCAACAACAGCGAAAGUUAUUCUUCCCAUAAAGACCAAGAUUUUCCUUCCAAGUGAUACACAAAAUACCAAGAUUUUAAUGUUUUGGACUGUGACAAGUUAGUUAAUUUCAGCAUAUUUUUUGUUAUGAUGUUUUAAAUAGUUAUUCCCUUUUUGUUAAUUAAUUCAUAUUUGGUUCCAAAUGUGAAACUUAAUUUUCCAUUUAGUUUAAUAAUCUAUGCCAUGCAAAGGUUUAGCAACAAUGAAUUUUUCAAGUGCAAGAGCUCUCUAUGAAGUGAUAAUAAA